AUGCCGACCAUUCAAGGAUUCUUGACUCAAGCUAUUCUUUCCGGGAUCAUUUUAUUAUUUUCCCGAUUCCUGUGGAACUAUCUGCGUUCUCCCUUAAAAUCAUUUCCAGGACCCUGGCAAACGAGCUUCACGAAUAUAUGGCGCUUUAUCGAGACAUACCAAGGUCGAUGCGAGCUUACCCACCUAGAGCUUCACCGGAAGCUAGGAUCUGCUAUUCGAAUUGGUCCCAAUGUUCUGAGUUUGUCGGAUCCAGGCUUGAUCAGUGAGGUCUACACUGUCAGGGAUCCUUGGCUUAAAAGUGACUUGUACACUGUGAAUGAUAUAAAGGCGAAUGGAAUGCGAAUAAAAAAUCUCUUCUCCCAUCAAGAUGAGAAGUGGCAUUCAAAGCAUCUUCGUCCCGUUAAGAAUCUAUACUCUAUGACCAAAGUCCAGGAUGUCGAACCUGCAAUUGACGUGAUGAUCAGCUCCUUCACGGACAAGAUACGGGAGAGGUUCACUCAACCAGGGAAAAUUUGUCAAAUCUCUGAUUAUAUCACUUUCCUUUCAUGGGAUGUAAUGGGCCAGGUCACCUUCUCUAAAGAUCUGGGAAUUCUUGAAGCGGGAUUUGACCACCAAAAUUUACUGGAGACUUCUUCUAAGAGUUUGGAUUACUUUGCUUCGAUUUGCCAAAUUCCGAAGCUAGAUUUCCUGCUCGAUAAGAAUCCUAUUUGCCGUGUUGGACCUCCUAGCUUUGGAUGGGCCACAGGGUUUAGCGUUGGGCAAUAUCAAACACGACUAGCAGAUGGAGAUUCCAUCAAGGGUCGGGUUGCCGACUAUAUGGAUAAGUUCAUUGCUCUCAAGGACAAGCACACGGACACCGUUGACGACAACACUGUGAUUAUGUACAUGCUCUCCAAUGUCAUUGCUGGAGGCGAUACGACCGCAAGCACCAUGAUCUCUGUGAUCUACCAUGUUCUGAAGCAUCCAAACGUGUACAAGAAGCUGUGCGAUGAGCUCCGAUCAGCCAAACUUACUUUGCCAGCUCAAUGGAAAGAAAUCGUCAGUCUUCCAUACCUUGACGCUGUGAUACGCGAGGCAAUGCGAAUUAGCCCCGGCUUGGCCAUGGUAAUUGAGCGGAUUGUGCCCAAGGGCGGGUUCUCACUUCCUGACGGCCGGUUCGUAGCCGAGGGAACAAUCGUCGGCAUGAACCCAUACGUCAUCCAUCGCGAUAGCACUGUUUACGGCGCCAAUGUUGACUCUUUUAUUCCGGAGCGCUGGCUCCCUGCAAAGGGUGAGUCAGAAGAGGUGUAUGAAUCGCGGGUUAAGAAGAUGAAAGGGUCGCAGUUGAACUUUGGAGCCGGUCCUCGUUCGUGUCUGGGGCGUCACCUUGCCCAGCUGGAGGUAUAUAAGGUCAUUGCCACUAUUUUCACUGAAUUCGAUAUGGAGCUCCCGAGCUUGGACCACGAAUGGAAUGUGAUCAACUCUUGGUUUGUCAGACAGGAAAAUAUUCCUGUUACGAUCACUGAAGCAUCCUGA